AUGAGGCGCAGCCCCGCGCCCCCCAGGCUGAGCCGGCGCCCCGCGCUGCUGGUGCUGGCGCUGCCCCUGGCCGCCGCGCUGGCCUUCGCCGACGAGACGCUGGACAAGCCGCCCAGGUCCGAGGGCUCGUGCGGCCGCCUCCUGCGCGCCCCGGGCACCCGGCGCGAGGGCCACACCGAGUUCAGCCUCCGCGUGGACGGCGACCCCGAGCGCUACAAGCCGGGCACCAGCUACCGCGUGACGCUUUCAGCGGCUCCUCCCUCCUACUUCAGAGGAUUCACUUUAAUUGCCCUCAAGGAGAGCAGAGAGGGGGAUAAAGAAGAAGACCAUGCUGGAACAUUCCAGAUUAUAGAUGAGGAGGAAACACAGUUCAUGAGUAACUGUCCUGUUGCCGUUACGGAAAGCACCCCAAGAAGGAGGACGAGGAUCCAAGUGUUCUGGAUCGCGCCGCCCGCGGGAACAGGCUGUGUGAUUCUCAAGGCCAGCAUUGUACAGAAACGCAUCAUUUAUUUUCAAGAUGAAGGUUCUCUGACCAAGAAACUUUGUGAACAAGAUCCUACAUUUGAUGGAGCGACAGAUAAACCAAUUUUAGACUGCUGUGCCUGUGGAACUGCCAAGUACAGGCUCACGUUCUAUGGAAACUGGUCUGAGAAGACACACCCCAAGGAUUACCCUCGCCGGGCCAAUCACUGGUCUGCUAUCAUUGGUGGAUCCCACUCCAAGAAUUACGUGCUGUGGGAGUACGGAGGCUAUGCCAGUGAAGGCGUCAAGCAAGUGGCAGAGUUGGGCUCACCAGUGAAAAUGGAGGAAGAAAUUCGACAACAGAGUGAUGAGGUCCUUACCGUCAUCAAAGCCAAAGCUCAGUGGCCAGCCUGGCAGCCUGUCAACGUGAGAGCCGCACCCUCUGCUGAAUUCUCCGUGGACAGGACCCGCCACUUAAUGUCCUUCCUGACCAUGAUGGGCCCCAGUCCCGACUGGAACGUGGGGCUGUCUGCGGAAGACCUGUGCACCAAGGACUGCGGCUGGGUCCAGAAGCUGGUGCAAGACCUCAUCCCUUGGGACGCCGGCACCGACAGUGGGGUGACCUACGAGUCACCCAACAAACCCACAAUUCCCCAGGAGAAAAUCCGGCCUCUGACCAGUCUGGACCAUCCUCAGAGUCCUUUUUACGACCCAGAGGGUGGAUCCAUCACUCAAGUCGCCAGAGUUGUCAUCGAGAGAAUUGCCCGGAAGGGAGAGCAGUGCAACAUUGUUCCUGACAACGUGGACGACAUUGUGGCUGACCUGACGCCGGACGAGAAGGACGAAGAUGACACCCCAGAGACCUGUAUCUACUCCAACUGGUCCCCGUGGUCCGCCUGUAGUUCCUCCACCUGCGACAAAGGCAAGCGGAUGCGGCAGCGGAUGCUGAAGGCGCAGCUGGACCUCAGUGUCCCCUGCCCCGACACCCAGGACUUCCAGCCCUGCAUGGGCCCUGGCUGCAGCGAUGAAGACGGCUCCGCCUGCACCAUGUCCGAGUGGAUCACCUGGUCGCCCUGCAGCCUCUCCUGCGGCACCGGCAUGCGCUCCCGGGAGAGGUACGUGAAGCAGUUUCCGGAGGACGGCUCCGUGUGCACGCUGCCCACCGAGGAGACGGAGAAGUGCACGGUCAACGAGGAGUGCUCUCCCAGCAGCUGCCUGAUGACCGAGUGGGGCGAGUGGGACGAGUGCAGCGCCACGUGCGGGUCGGGCAUGAAGAAGCGGCACCGCGUGGUCAAGAGGAGCCCGGCCGACGGCUCCACGUGCAGGGCUGAGCUGGCCCAGGCGGAGAAGUGCAUGAUGCCCGAGUGCCACACCAUCCCGUGCCUGCUGUCCCCGUGGUCUGAGUGGAGUGACUGCAGCGUGACCUGUGGGAAGGGCGUGCGGACGCGCCGGCGGAUGCUCAAGUCUCUGGCGGAGCUCGGGGACUGUGACGAGGAGCUGGAGCAGGUGGAGAAGUGCAUGCUGCCCGAAUGCCCUAUAGACUGUGAGCUCACCGAGUGGUCCCAGUGGUCAGAAUGCAACAAGUCGUGUGGUAAGGGCCACAUGAUCCGAACCCGGACGAUCCAAAUGGAACCUCAGUUCGGAGGAGCGCCGUGCCCAGAGACGGUGCAGAGGAAAAAGUGUCGUGUCCGCAAGUGUCUCCGGAAUCAGUCCUCCCAGAAGCUGCGCUGGAGAGAAGCCCGGGAGAGCAGGAGGACUGAGCACUUAUGGGAAGAGUCUGCUGGAGGAGAGCAGUUCCCAGGCUGUAGGAUGCGUCCGUGGACGGCCUGGUCUGAAUGCACCAAGCUGUGCGGAGGCGGGAUUCAGGAACGCUACAUGACUGUAAAGAAAAGAUUCAAAAGCUCCCAGUUCACCAGCUGCAAAGACAAGAAGGAGAUCAGAGCAUGCAGCGUUCACCCGUGCUAGCGAGGAUACACGUCUUCUAGGGCCGCAGUCCCGAGUCACCAAUGGUCGGUUGGUCAGUUAGUUUGCUUGUUUGUUUUAAGGCGAUUUAAAUCAUGUACACUAGAUUUCAUUUCCACGGUGAAGGUCCGUCCGGUAGUCUUGUGGAUGCCAUCCUUCCUCUGGACAUGUUUCCUGCUGGGCAGAGGCUCAGUGGGGCUCCCUCAUCGGCAUGCAGCCAGCUUCCCGCAGCAAAGACAGAUCACUCUGGAGCGCCCGCCAGGCAUCAGGAGAGACGGUGGCCAGACGGUGUCUGGGAAUGACUCCCUGCCUUGGUCGCAGGGUGCAGCAAAGAGGGAACAUUCCUGGUCAGAGGAAGGACAGACAGACAGCCCCCUCACUCUCGUCUUUGCUCUGCUCAUCCUUGCCGGAAGCUGCUUGAGAUCCCUUGCUGAGUCUCUUUUCUCUUUAGUCACUGAUAGUUCUUGGGGAAAACUAAACUGGUAGGUGAGAAAUAGAGGCAGCACCGAUCGUGACUAGACUGUUCUCACCCCCUCUAGUUUUGGUUCCUAGCACCCCAAAGAAAAGGCAUGACCGUUGUUAAGAUUGUUAGUUCUUACUCCUCAACUUAAGUUG